AUGGCUUCUCCAGCUCCGAGCAAUAUCUAUGUUCAACGAGAAGUGGCGCGCGAAGAAAAAUUAAAAGCUGAGAAGAAAGCAAUUGAAGAGAAACAUAAUGAAACCUAUAGCGCUUUGCGAGCAAAACAGGAAAAGGAGAUGGAAGUUGAGAGAAUGCAGUCGCAAGCUUUGGCUGAAGAGAAGAAAAAAGAGCUCAUUGAGUUGAGAACAAAACAAGCCAAAGAACUUGCCGAGUUGGAUGCUCAGAUUGACAAAAAUCUCAAGGAACAAAUCGAACUACGCAAAACAGAAGGAAGGGAAGAAGUUUUGAAAAGAAAGCAGGACCUUGAAAAGAAACAAAAAGAGCUUGAAGAACUAGCUGCAAUUCGUCGCUCACAGUUGCACGACUCUUCGGAAAUUUUGAGAAAUGGAGAGAAAUUGAGACAGGAAUGCAUGACUCGUCUCAGAGAAGACCGAAAGAAAGAGCAAGAAGCGAUGAAUGCUAAAAAGUUGGAGAUGAAUCAGAAGCUCCACGAAGUGAGAAUCGCUGGAGAAGAGCGUCUUCAGAAUUUGGAUGAACUACGGAUCGAAGAACAGAAGCAACAGUUGUUGAAGAAGGAACGUAUCAUUUUGAACGGGAUUACCAACUCCGAAGCAUUAUCCAGAAGUUUGGGUAUUGAAGAUAGUUUUGAGUUAUUCAAACAGCAAUGCAAGUCAUUGAGAAAUCGUCAUAGAGGGUUUUGCAAUGAGUAUGACACAAUUGAACCUGAGUUGCUCAAGAUGCACGAACGAAUGAAGAAAGGCAAAGAAUUGGGUGACUGUGAUAUGGACAAUCUUCUUUCCGCUCUCCGCGUAUUCAGAGAACAGGCUACUAUGUUUAGUGCUGAAGGAUCGACGGAUGAGAUAAACUUCCAAGCUCGAAUCGGAGACCUCAUUGAGCUCAUUCGUUUGCUGAUGGCAGAACUAAACAGUAUCAAAGCGACAAUUGAGGAGUACGAAGACAAUGAAGAGGGUUGCAACGAUGGAAUAGCGGAAAGUUUGGUUAAGAUCUCUGAUGAGAUGCAAAAAUUCAAUGUUAUUGGUCGUGAUCAUCUCCAAGAGACAUUGGCUAUCCAAAUGAAACAAGCUCACUCUUCAAGACAUCAAGCUAUCGAGAGUGGAGAACGUCCACCAGCAUAUUCUGGAAAGAAGGUUCCAGUCGCUAUCACAGAUAACUAA